AUGUCAACAUUACAUUCAAAUCCAAUAAUACCAAGACUUGGACCAAAUAAUAAUAUAACAAGUACAACACCAAUUGAAAAUCAUUCACUUAUUCAUGAUCCGCAUAAUAAUUUUCCACCUAUAGCUCCCAACCAGACCAAUAAUCAAAAUAAUAAUAAUAAUAAUAAUAAUAAUAAUGGUAGCACUGGAACCUACCAAAGUCCAUAUCCAACAGAGAAUACACCAGCAGAUGUUCAAGAAUCAUUAAGAUUAAUUGAAGAUUUAAAAUUUUUUUUGGCUACGGCACCAGCAAAUUGGCAAGAAAAUCAAGUUAUUAGAAGAUAUUAUUUAAAUAAUGAUGAAGGUUUCGUCAGUUGUGUAUUUUGGAAUAAUUUGUACUUUAUAACUGGUACUGAUAUUGUUAGAUGUAUUGUUUAUAAAUUUGAACAUUUUGGUAGAAAGAUUAUUGAUAGAAAGAAAUUUGAAGAAGGUAUAUUUUCAGAUUUAAGAAAUUUAAAAUGUGGUAUUGAUUCAGUUUUAGAACCUCCAAGAUCAGAAUUUUUAGAAUUUUUAUUUAGAAAUUCAUGUUUAAGAACUCAAAAGAAACAAAAGGUAUUUUUUUGGUUUAAUGUUCCACAUAAUAAAUUAAUGGCUGAUGCAUUAGAAAGAGAUUUGAAAAAGGAAAGACAAGGUCAAAAGCCAACUACAAUAGCAGCUAGAGAACCAGCAUUAAGUUUUCAAUAUGAUGAAAAUUCAAAUUUAUUUAAUCAAUUGGCUAAAUAUAUGGAAACUAAAAAGAAAAUUAAUGAUUCAUAUGUAUUUGAACUAUCACCUGAUAAUAAUGCAAUUCCUACAACUACAACUAGAAGACCUAAUGGGCCAUUACCUACUGCUGAAUCACCAUUAAAACCAACCAAGAGAGGUAGAAAAUCAAUUAAAAAAUCACAACCAAAUGAAGAUGAUGAAGAAGAUGAUUUUCCAUUGGAUUAUUUUGAUACCCAUCAACCAAAUCAAAAUUAUUAUCAAGAAGAAUAUGCUACACUGUAUCAUAAUAAUUAUUUGGAUGAUAAUUAUGAUAAUUUCAUAGAUGCAUCAACAUUAUUCCAACAUUCAAAUACAAAUCAAGUUGUUUUUAAUGAUGACUAUUUAAUUGAACAAGCUCAACCAAUAAAAACACCAUUAACUUCAACUGUACCAAAUACAAAACCAACAAAAUUAACAAUAAGAAAUAAUGAAGAAGUUUAUUUACCGCAUCCACAUCAACAACCAUUAUAUAAUAAAUUAUUCCCACCAAGUUAUAUAAGAGUUACAAAUCCACCAUUAGCAUCAGAACCAUAUCAAGCAUCAUCAAAUUUGAAACCAAUUUUACAUAAUCCAACACAAGUUCAACAACAACAACAAUUACAACCGUUACCACCACCUCCUCCUCCACCUCCAGGUUUUUACGAUUCAAAUCAAAGUUAUGAAAGUUCAUCAUAUUAUUAUAAUCGACCAGAAGUUGAUUAUCGUCAACCAGGUUUUCAACCACCACAACCAAAAAAUAUACCAAUGGCCAAUUCAUAUUCACCAACUCAAACAAAUCAACAAUCAAUUCAAGCAAUGUAUCAUUUAUCUUCUCAAACUACACCUAAAUCAAGUGAUGGUUCACAAUCUCGACAAAGAGAAUUACAAUCAACUAUACAAUUUAGAUCAACUACACCACAAAAGAUAUCAAAUUCAUUAAAGAAGAAAAGAUCAACACAAUCUAUAAAAGGUGGUAUUAAUAAGAAAACAAGUGAAAAGGAAAAGAAAAAGACUACACCAUCAACUGAAAAACUUUUGAAUACAAAAGCCUCGAAGAUUGCUGUUAAUAAAGAUGAUCAAUAG